AUGAGAGUCGCAGUCGUCGGCUCUGGAGUAUCUGGCCUCGGUGCAGCUUGGCUGCUAAAUGAACAUAGUGCCCAUGACGUUCACGUCUAUGAAGCGGACAGUCGUCCCGGAGGCCAUGCUAAUACGGUAGACUAUACCCUUCCUGGAAAGGAAAACUCCAUACCUGUCGACACUGGUUUCAUUGUUUUAAACCCAGUGACAUACCCAAACUUCCUACGCUUCCUAAAACUCAAGAACAUCCCUGUCCUACCCACGGAAAUGACCUUCAGCGUCUCACGCGACAUGGGACAAUUCGAAUGGGCGGGAGACAACCUCUUCGCUGUCUUCUGCCAACCGUCUAGACUUCUCGACCCAAACAUGUGGAGUCUUAUAUAUGACGUUCUGAGGUUCAAUGCUUGCUCAAGAAAGAUUCUCCUGGAGAAAGGUCCAGACAAGGAUAUUUCUAUUGGAAAAUAUUUGGAUAUGAAUGGAUAUUCGAGUUCAUUUCGAGACAAUUAUCUUAUUCCGAUGACUGCUGCUGUAUGGAGCACAUCGCCAGAUAAAUGUAGUCUGGACUUUCCAGCUCGGACAUUAAUUCAAUUCCUGCACAACCACCACUUACUCCAAAUCACAGGCAAACCUUCUUGGUUGACGAUCCCUGGUGGAAGUAAAGUCUACGUCGAAGCGAUCACUCGCAACCUCAAAAAAGGUCACCUACACCUCUCGUCACCAGUGUGCUCCGUCAAAUCCCUUCCGUUGGGUAAACUCGAGUUACAAACCUCGACUGGCGAAGUUGAGCUCUUCGAUCACGUCAUAUUCACCUGUCAUUCGGAUACUGCUUUGGAAAUCUUGAAAGCAGGAAACGUCACUCCCGAAGAAGAGCAUAUCCUAAGUAUGUUUAGGUGGAACAGGAAUGAAGCUGUUUUGCAUUCGGAUACACGGUUAAUGCCGAAGAGUCGCCUCGCAUGGUCAUGCUGGAACUACCUAUCUUCUUCCGCAAUCGAUGAGCAGGGGAACUUCAAAGCCAACAUCGAUCGCGUAUCUCUGACAUACUGGAUGAACGCUCUGCAACACAUCCCCCAAUCACACGGUCCCAUCCUCGUAACCCUCAACCCUCCCUUCCCUCCCAAUCCAUCAACAAUCCAAGGCACCUAUACCUACUCCCACCCAAUCCUCUCCUCCAAAUCUCUCACCGCCCAAUCUCUCAUUCAUAAAAUCCAAAACACUCGCGGGAUAUCUUACGCGGGCGCGUACCUCCGAUACGGGUUCCACGAAGACGGGUUCACUUCCGGGUUACGUGCCGCUUCGAAAUACCUUGGAGAUGUGAGGCUGCCGUUUGAGAUUAGGGACCCUGAUAGAGAUAUUAAGUACAUUUGGCUUUCUGUGUUUUUCGAGAUGAUUGAAGGGAGUGGGGUGAGGGGAGUUCUAGGAUAUAGCGUCGUCUAUAGAUUUGACACUAAAAAUAUACUAUGCAGUGAAUGA